GGCCCGAGCAGUUGGCGGGAUGGGCCUGCUGCUUGAUGAACACGCCGAUUUUGGUUAAGACGAAGAAAAUACAAUUUCAAAAGUGGCUGUGUGCUUUUUUUCCUAGCAGAAGGUCCUUCUGUACUUCUUUCUCUUGAAAAUUUGAGAGGAUUUCUCGAUUUCUGAUCCAUAUGCUCAACUUCUUCUUGAGGCUAUGAAGCAAUCUGGUUGCACUGUCUUCAAUGACCGGCACUUUUCUUGUGAAACCUGUGAUGGCUGUGUCAGUGGAGGUUUUGAUUCUGCCACAUCUCAGAUUGUUCUGUGUCAGAACAACAUUCGCCACCAAUCCCAUAUGAACCGGGUGGUCACACAUGAAUUGAUUCAUGCUUUUGAUCACUGCCGUGCACAUGUUGACUGGUUUAAAAAUGUCAAACACUUAGCAUGUUCAGAGAUUAGAGCUGCUAAUCUCAGUGGAGACUGUACACUGAUGAAUGAAAUAGCCAGGUUUAAAUUUGGAUUAAAAGGACACCAUCAGACUUGUGUACGAGACAGAGCAAUUCGUUCCAUUCUGGCUGUUAGAAAAGUUAGCAAAGAAACGGCAGAAAAAGCUGUGGAUGAAGUUUUUGAUGCCUGCUUCAAUGAUCUGGAACCUUUUGGAAGAAUUCCACACAGUAAAACAGAUGCAAAACGUGCUUACAGAGACUUUCAGAACAGAGAUCGCUAUAAUGCUAAUUUGUAAAGGAAAAAAACAUGAAAAAAUGUUACUGUCUGAUUGUUCUGUAACAUCUGGAGUUACAGUCUACGCACACAGUGCUGGUGGAAAAGACAAUUCUAUCAAAUGUAUCAGUUAAUUUUGUAAACUUUUCCCAGGAGCCAACUUCCAUGGAAGUAAACAAAGUAAAUGAACAAGGCUGAAAAAUGUGUUUCCUCACCUGUUAUUCCAGUAAGAUAAUUUAGUACACCAAAUGACUUGUCAAAUAAUGAUCUGCACAUUUCAAUGCACAUUUAAUUCUGCUCAGUCUGACUAGGACUUGGUUUCUAAAAGUUUUGUUGUUACUGAAUAAAUCUUUUCAUAAAAUCUUUACAUUUCCACCAUCUUUGAUACACAGUCAUAAACUUGAUGAUCUUCAUCACUCCAUUUUAAAAGAUGGGCACCUGAACCACAGCUCUUGGGUCUAGAUCUAAUAACUAUGGCUAAACCCAAAAUUUAAUAAACUGCCACAUUAGUUUUUGAGCAUCUCCUGAAAUUCUUGGAAUUCCAGCUGAUCUAAUGGUAACUUCACAGGUACAUUAAACCCUUGGGCUUUUUAGGAAUUUGACUGACAAUUCUGCUUACCAGAUCAAACCUACAAGCUAGACAAGCAUUGGUGAGAGUGUCUACCAGGUUGAGCUUUGCUCAAAAUGUUGGUGUAGCUUAUGGUCUUCUUCCUAUACUUGUUAGGUAGGUAAGUCCAUCUGAGGAAAGCAAGAAGCUGCUAGCUUCAUCCUAAGUCUGAGAGAAGCUGUCUCAUACCUUAUAUUUGGAAAUAACAGAGGAUUUAUUGUCAUGGGUGCAAGAGAACCACGUUUUCCUCUCAUUCUUGAAAUUAAAGGUGUGAUUCAACCACAGGUAGGGUUCACUGACGUAAUGGAGAUGUGGGUCCCCAGUCAAAGGUUUGUAGGCAUAGCUGCUGUAACAGUUACUGGAUCCAGACUCAAGUGGGAAAUUUAGUUCCACAAAAGAUUAAAUGGUGCCCCGAUUUGUUACUGUUUCAUACGAAGUGCAAAACAUUUUAGACAGGCUUUCAACUUCAUAGGAUGUCAAGGUCUGAGUAGUGGUGGUGGUGUCAGUUUUCCCAUGUCAAGUGGUUCACAGCUGCAGAAGCAUAGAAUUGCUGAGGUUGGAAGGGACCUCUGGAGACACAACUGUUUCAACCAUGCUGCACAGAGAAGCGUCAACUAAAGCAUGUUCCUGAGGAGCGUGUCUAGUUGGGUUUUGAAUAUCUCUAAGGAUGGAGACUCUACAGCCUCUUGAGAUAACCUGUUCCAGCAUUUGGUCGCCCUUGCAGGUUUGGGGUUUUUUUCCUCCUUGUGUGUAAAUGGAGUUUCCUGUGUUUCAUU